CCGAAAUAAGUUCUCUUUCUCGAGUCUCGGGUCACUCUCUUCAUCCUGGUAGCAUCAUCAAAGCAGCUAUGGCAGCCUCGGCUUCAGCUCCGCCUCUCGAUAUCUUAGUUCGAGGGCCUGAAGGCUUCUCACUCUGGAACGGACCCCCGUUCAGUAACAACGGCCAACCCGGUAUCAAGCUCGAACACAAAAUCGCUUGCUCCAGUACCAAAUUCAGUGACGAUGGAUCGAGGCUCAUGGUGCUCAAACCCGAUUCCGUCAUCACCAUCUACGAUUGCCGAAGCUACGCCGAGAUUAGGUCUUUCCAAGUCCCCAACCUCACCGCCGCCGCCUUGUCCCCGCGCGGCACUUUUCUUCAGACUUUCCAGAAGUCCUCAACGCCGCAGAACAAGAAUGUGACCCUGUGGAACGUCGACACCGGAGAACCUGCUUACGAUCAAUUCCAGAAGAGUAUAACCAAAACGAAUUGGCCCUCGGUUAGGUUCAGCUCCGACGAGGCUGUUGCGUGUAAACUUGCGACGAAUGAGAUACAGUUUUUUGAUGCUGCAGACUUCUCGAAAGGAGUUACGAAUCGGCUGAGAGUUCCUGGAGUGGCUGCAAUUGAACUCUCUAAGGCACCUGGCUCCCAUGUGGCUGCAUUUGUCCCGGAAUCGAAGGGGAUUCCUGCCAGUGUCCAGAUAUUUGCCACUGGAAAAGAUUUACAGAGUCAACCUGUUGCUCGAAGGAGUUUCUUUCGAUGUUCAUCAGUGCAACUGAAUUGGAAUAAUGGCUCAACUGGGCUUUUAGUUGUGGCGCAGUCAGAUGUUGAUAAAACCAACCAAAGUUACUAUGGGGAAUCAAAGCUAAACUACUUGACAACAGAUGGAACCCAUGAAGGACUUGUUCCUCUUCGUAAAGAGGGGCCUGUUCAUGAUGUUCAGUGGUCAUACUCUGGAUCAGAGUUUGCUGUAGUUUAUGGCUUUAUGCCUUCUAAAACAACCGUGUUUGACAAGAAGUGCAAUCCUCUUCUUGAGCUUGGAACAGGCCCGUACAAUACUAUCCGAUGGAAUCCAAAGGGAAAAUUUCUGUGUUUGGCAGGCUUUGGUAACUUACCAGGUGAUAUGGCAUUUUGGGACUACAUAGAGAAAAAGCAGCUUGGAACAACCAAGGCCGAAUUAUCUGUGACAAGCGAAUGGUCUCCAGAUGGACGCUAUUUCAUGACUGCCACGACUGCUCCGAGACUACAAGUUGACAAUGGGAUUAAGAUUUUCCACCACAACGGUUCAUUGUUCUUCAAGAAGAUGUUUGACAAGCUGUUCCAGGCUGAUUGGAAACCAGAAUCACCUGAUAGGUUCAGUGACAUUUCAGAACUUGUCAAGUCCUUUGAAUCAAUAAAAGUUGAUGACGCCAAACCUCAAGGAGAAAGGUCCAAAUCUUCCCAAACCUCUGCAAAAGCCAGCCCUAACAACCCAACUGCACAAAAGCCUGCUGCAUAUCGCCCCCCACAUGCUAAGCAAGCUGCUGUCGUUCAGGCAGAGCUGUUUGGAGGGACCACAUCAGAAACAAUGAGCAAGAAUGCAUUGCGAAACAAGAAGAAAAGGGAGAAACAAAAGGAGAAGAAGGCUACCGAGGGUGCCAAUGAUAGUUGACUGCAGAAUUUUUUUCAUCUUCUUCUGCUGGCUAUUUUAUGCCUUCUGCAGCAAAAUAGGUAUGUUCUGCAGCGAAGUGGAUUGAGGGCUGGAUUUUCCUACAAUUACCAUCCUUAAUUAGGUCGGAGGUCAUAAUUGUUCCUUAAGGGCUAGUGAUAUCAAAGUGAUGCAGCUUAUACAACAAAUUAUCUUUACUACAUACUGGGAUUUGAUCUUUAAGCAACGUCAAAGAUGAUACAAUGACAUUUUGGUCUUAAUAGUGUACCCUUAUCUGAAUUAAGUAUUACAGUCCAACAGUAAUCUAGUUAGAUGGGAAUGAAAAAA